AGUAACGGGCGUUUAACGCGAAUGAUCAUUGUAACUCAGAGUGGAUUAAUUAAAGUUGUCAUUUAUUGAAAAAUGUUGAUAAUCAAUCCCGCCUCCUCCGUGGAUAAACGAUCUCCUUGUGUCCCGCCGUAAAAGGAGGGCACAACAAAUGGUGGCAGCGUGAGGGAUCCAUUGGCAGGACGGGAACGGCAGCUGAAACAGAAAAAUAAGUGAAUCAGUGAGGCAGUGCAACAUCCUCAACGGAGACACAGGCAGCCAGAUUCAAAAACAGCGGACAACACUGUAGCGGCCGACGAGGGACAAGCGAGCAGCGUAACCCGAGAAGGCGCCGACCUACCUCAACGGAGGCUCACCGAUAGAUAAGGCGGCACGAGCACCGACCAGCAACAUGCGACUAGCGACCGUAAUGACGCUGAUCGUCGUCCAGCACUUCACGAAAAAAGCGAAACCUGAGACAGCACCAUCGUACGAGAUACGACAAUUCAGCAGCGAGCCGGGAAUAUACUUUGAGAGAACCGGACAAUUGCAACAGGUAGAAGCUACUUGGAAAUUAGCGAUUAAAAUCGACGUAGCAGCCCUAGGAAACCGAUAUCACCAACUUCAGGAAUUUCUACAGCAAGCCGAAGAAGUAUGCGAAACGAUAAUCGCAAAGGACACGCAGCAGACGUGCAAAAACAUUCUCCAUACGAUAGAGAAAAAUAACAAAAAAUUAACGCAAUUGUUAACGCGAUUACAGACUAUAUAUAAAACAAAUAACAAUAAGCGAGGGUUAAUAGACGCGAUCGGCACGAUCAGCAAAACGCUGUUCGGCACUAUGGAUGCCGACGACGCAAAACACAUACAGGAGCAGCUUGAACUGAUACAAAAUCAGCAACAGACUCUACGGCACACCGCAAAAAGCCAAUUAAAGAUUGUUGCAGAACAAAAAUUUUUAAUGACACGAACCAAUGUGAAAUUAUUAAACUUCUGAGGCAAGUGAUUGAGCAAAAUACUACGAUAUUAUCUAACAUAAAAACUUUGAAAGAACAUCAUACAUUGACAAUGCGAAAUAAUUUUUAUAAAAGACCAAAUGGUUUACUAUUGAAAACGGUAGAAGAAUUUCAAGAAUUAGAAACCGAUAUAGAUCCUCAGCAAGAAUUGGUAUUUAAUAUGCAUUUUUCCAACAAUAUAUAUAUCAUAUAAUGGACCUUAUAAUAGACAUCAUAAUGGAUUAAGCAUUCUAUCCAACAACUAAAGUCAGAAUUAGCAGUUUAUGAGAUUAAGAAAAAUAGUUAUUUUUUAAACGUAGCUAUCCCAUUCUAUUUGUAGUAAAAAGAUGUCACUCUAUUCUAUCAUAGUUAAUGGUUAUCUUAUUGGUAAGCGCCACACAAUUUAAUGCUAUACAAGUAUCUGAGAAUUUAUAUCUUGUAAGAUAGAACGGGGUUAAGCAAUUGAGUACAAAACGAUUUUUUAAAAACAUCAUAAUAUGAUAGUUUAUACAUAAAUUGUAUUGUAAAUAAUUUUUUUUUAAACGUGAAUUUAUUAAUAAUUAAAGCGUUUUAAAACAUGAAUAUUCAAACUAUCCGAUAAUGCCCCGGAAACGCCCGAAGUUAACCGAAGGUGAUGUGACGUCACGACAAGAAGUUUGAGACGGUGUUAUACAGCGAAGUAAAGAGUUUAUACUUUUA